AUGGCUAUCUCUGGAUGGAAGGUCUUCACGCUCCUGGCUUGUAUCUCAGCCACGAUGUGUGUGGUUCAAGCACAAGCUCCGACGUUUGUAACAUGCCAAAACUACUUGACACCAGCGGCGGGAGUACCGCUGCCUCUAGCCGUAGAUUUCACGCUUCCCACGGCUGAAGAUUCUGGCGGGAACACGGUGGAGGUCGUCUGCAGUCACCAACCAGGCGACAGAUUCCCGCUGGGUAAGACUGAAGUCACCUGCAACGCGACCGUCGGCAGUGACAAGAGUACUUGCAAAUUUGAAGUUGGAGUUGGUGAUGCCGCAAACUGCACACGUGGAUAUAAAGCUUGCACUUGUAUAAGCGCGAUAGACCAAUGCACCUGCAAGAUUGGUUAUAGUGGCGUCGAUUGUGGAGUUGAAGAUGGAACUAAUUGUAUUGAUGGAGAUAAUCCGUCACCUGGUUGUGGUGCUCCUCCUUGUAAUACUCCAGACUGCCGUUGCGAUAAUGGCUGGCAAGGCCCAUCAUGCGAUGUCGUGGAUGACGGCAGCUCAUGUUAUACAGCUCCAGGCGCUCCUCCACAUUGUUUCGCAUGUUUCGCCGGAGAUGAUCCACCGUGUGUUUGCGAGCUGGGUUACCAAGGAAGAACAUGUGAAAAGGACUACCUCCCUCCUGCCUUCCUCUUCUGCCCGGCUGAUUUCUUUGUUCAGGCCGCAGAUGAUGAAGACAGCGCCCAGGCAAGUUGGAAUGAUCCUACGGCCGAAGACAAUAGUGGGGUGGCACCAACUAUCUCCUGUGACCACGUAUCGGGAAGCAGGUUUACUGCCGGGUCUACCAGGGUGACGUGCACCGCUAGUGAUGGGGAAAACAAUAUGUCCCAUUGCACCUUCAAUAUUACGGUUUCAGAUGAAAAAAUUCCAAACAUCACCUGCCCAGGCAAUGGGGUCUGGAAUGUGGACGCAGAGUCGGCAUUUGCUACCGUAGUGUUGUCUCCAGCACCCAAAGCGGUCGACAACAUCGAUGGUUCAGUUGUCGUCACCUGUUUCGGUAACCUUAAACCAAUAGGGUUGCCAGAGGACCAGUAUCCGGUCGGGGAAACAUUUGUCAAGUGCUACGCUAAUGACAGUAGUGCGAACCAGGCGAGCUGUAGUUUUACCGUCACUGUGCUGGAUAACGAAGGGCCCGUUGUUACGUGCCCAAGAAACAUCGUAAACAACGUGGAACCAGGUAUGCCCGACGCGGCAGUAGACUGGCGCCCGCCAACGGCUGAAGACGUCGUGGAAGGGCCGAUACCCGUCGUCAAUUGCACAGAUCACAAUGGCAAGGAUGCCGAGUCGGGGGACCGAUUUCCUGCUGGCAACAUAACCAUCACAUGUUCAGCCUUUGAUUCCGUCGGCAACGAAGGCAAUUGCAGUUUCCUCAUAACUGUCAAUGAUAAUGAAGCGCCAAUAAUGACCUGUCCGGCCAACAUCAGCCGAAAUGUAGAUCCUGGACAGUCAGUUGGUACCAUAGACUGGCCCACCGAGCCCUCUGCCAAUGACACUGUAGAUGGUCCGCUCGCUGUCACGUGUUACGAUGACUCAGACAAAGUCGUCAAUUCAGGAGAUGAGUUUUCUGUUCGUGACACUGUGGUGACGUGCAAAGCAUCAGACGCCAGUCAUAAUGAAGGUUCCUGUAGGUUCAUAAUCACUGUGAUAGACAAUGAAGACCCAUUGAUAUCCUGUCCAGAGAGCAUCUUCAAAGAUCUAGAAGCAGGGUCAGCAGUUGGUAUCAUAGACUGGCCCACCCUGCCCUCUGCCAAUGAUAUCGUAGAUGGUCCUCUUGCUGUCACGUGUCACGAUGAGUCUGACAAACUUGUCAAUUCCGGAGACGAGUUUUCAGUUGGUGUUACAGAAGUGACAUGCAUAGCUUCCGAUAACAGCAACAAUGAGGCCAACUGUAGCUUCACGAUCAACUUGAAAGAUGUUGAAGGACCAAUUGUCACGUGCCCAGACAACGACACGGAGAAUGUCGAACCGGGAACAGUAGAUGCGGCAGUGGACUGGUCCCCGUCCCCAUCGGCUCACGACGUUGUAGAUGGUCCUGUACCCAACGUAACUUGUGCGGAUGAAGGAGAAAUGGUUGAAUCAGGAGGAAGAUUUCCCAUUGGGGAAACUGAGGUUACCUGCAUAGCUCGCGAUUCUGCGCAAAAUGAAGGGAACUGCAGUUUCUUCAUAACUGUCAUUGACAAUGAAUCUCCAAUCAUGAGUUGUCCGGCUGACAUCACCCAAGAUAUAGACACAGGCUCUGCAGUGGCUACCAUAGAGUGGCCCACCCAGCCCUCUGCAAAUGAUACCGUAGAUGGUCCGCUCGCUGUCAAGUGUUACGAUGACUCAGGCGAACUUGUCAAUUCAGGAGACGAGUUUUCCGUUCUUGACACUGUGGUGACGUGUAAAGCGUCUGACAAGAGUGAUAAUGAGGCCAACUGUAGCUUUACGAUCACCGUGAAAGACAUUGAAGGCCCAGUCAUGGCCUGCCCAGGAAACAUCUCCCACGACUUGGUCCCGGGCUCGUCCACUGGUGUCAUAGACUGGCCCGUCAUCCCCUCGGCUAAUGAUACCGUAGAUGGCCCACUCCCCGUCACAUGCAAAGAUGAAUCGGGCAAACUGGUCGCAUCGGGAGAGGAGUAUCCAGUGGGUGUGACGGUGGUAACUUGUGAAGCUUCGGACGGGAGUACAAACAAAGGCAGCUGUAUCUUUGUGAUCACUGUUAAAGACAAUGAAGCCCCAGUCAUGAGUUGUCCGGCCGACAUUUCCCAAGAUGUAGUUCCAGGAGAAGGAGUGGCUAUCGUAGACUGGCUCCCCCUGCCCUCGGCCAAUGAUGCUGUAGAUGGCUUACUCAAUGUCACGUGUCGUAAUGAAUCAGGCAAACUCGUCAAUUCGGGAGACGAGUUUCCAAUUGGCGUCGCGGCGGUGACGUGUAAAAGUUCCGAUAGUAGUGGCAACGAAGCCAACUGUAGCUUCACGAUCUCUGUAACAGAAUGCGGAGGUGUGCAAGCUUGCGAAAAUGGAGGAACAUUCUUCAAGGCUUUCUGCAACUGCUCAUGCCCGUCACCUUUUAUAGGGAAGACAUGCGAAGCCUGUGAUCCGUGUCAGAAUGGUGGCAAUUCACAGGAUCCGGACACCUGUGUGUGUCAGUGUCCGGGAGGGUUCACCGGCCCUUUAUGCUCAGAAUGCAAGGAAUGUGUGAAUGGCGGCAAUCAGGAUGAAGCUACCUGUGUCUGCAAUUGCUUCAAUUCCUUCCAGGGUCCACUCUGUGAUGUUUGUCCAUCAGACAUGCAGUGUGGAAAUGGUGGUGAGUUCGACGAGACAUCUUGCAAAUGUAAUUGCCAAUCACCAUGGACUGGUCAAACCUGUACAGAGUGUACACCGUGUGCCAAUGACGGAUCCAAUCAAGAUCCAGACACCUGCAUCUGUGACUGCCCUGGUGUUUUCCUACCACCUGUUUGUGCAGAAUGUGGAGGUGUGACUGAAUGUCAAAAUGACGGGGUGUUUUCUGAUGUUUUCUGCAACUGCACAUGCCUGUCGCCAUUUACUGGCAAAACCUGCACAGAGUGUGAGCCAUGCCAAAAUGGAGGAUCGUAUCAAAACAAGUUCACAUGUGUCUGUGAUUGCCCGUAUUUCCACACUGAUCCGUUGUGCAUGGUGUGUCCUCUUGAGUUUGUCUGUCUGAACGGCGCUACACGGCAGGAGGCUGCGUGUUCCUGUGAAUGUGCUGAUGGCUGGCGGGGGACCGACUGCUCAGAACCGAUACCAAAUAUUCCUGAUGACGAAUACCCAGUUUCCCCAAUUUGGACAGUUUCAGUUGAGAAGAAGGUUUCAUUUGAGAUCGCAGUCAUUGCCCCAGUGGAUAGUGGUAUGGAAUGCGACCCGACUAUCAACAAAUUCUCCAAUGAAUGCAAUGCCCUUGUACUUGAAUUCAAAUUAUCUGUUGAAAUCGAAUACAAGUUUGUAGCAGGCUUCUCUCGGGUUGUUAUCGAUCAGGAUAAAUUGAGGGCUGGCAGUGUAGUUGUCCCGCAUGAUGUCAUCUACAACUACGACGAAAUGACGCCAACCACCAGAGGCAUAUCCGCCAACGCCCUGUACGAAGCGACGGUAGGAAAGGCGGUGGACAGGGGGUAUAUCGGCAAGCUGAAGGUAGCGACGGGAUGUCAGGACUGCAUGGCACCACAAGAUAAAACAUAUAUUUGCGAUGCGGACCCGCCCGAGUGUGCAGCAGGAUUGGUGUUAACGCAGAGUACAAAUGGCGGCGUCGGUACUUGCUAUUACGUCUGCUGGUCCAAAUGUAAAGUUGACCCAGCCUACUGCGGAGAUGGGACAUGUCACCAAGAGUCGGGCAGCGAGCAAAUAACGUGCAACUGUCCCCAGUCUUCGGAGGUGAUGUACAGUGGAACGCAAUGCCAGCUGCAAGUUCAGCUGGUAUGGCUGUAUGUUGGCGUCAGCUUGGGAGGUGUGUUGUUACUGGUUCUGAUAAUCGUCUUGAGUGUCUGCUUGUGGCGACGCAGAGGGAAGGUCCACAAAUUCCAAGAUGAAGACGAAGAGAAAGAGGAACUGCACAGGCCUGUGAGUGGGAAAGUUAUAAAGGAGCUACGUUCCUACCACAACGACGGCAACAACAGAGACAUGUUCUUCCAAGAAGCUGCCACCAUUCCUUCCCACGCGAGCCCGUAUGCCCAAGUCCACAAAAGCAGGAGCAGCAAAGCGAUCAAACACGGGGAGGCCAACGGGGCCUGGAAACACGGGGAGGCCAACGGGGCCUGGCCCGGUGCUUUGCCACGUGCACGUGCUCGCCCGUUGUCUGAAGGACAGAAGGACGAGACAAAAAUCAAGUCCAGUGAUUUUAACGGGAAUGAGGGCGGUGACAGGCGGUCCUGGUACUUCUGGGGGAGCAUGAGCCUGCCCAAGAAGCAGCCUACAGAGAUGAUACGCAUGACUAGUGAAUCAGGGAGGUUCUAAAAACAAAAGGAUGGCGAAAAGUAGUUGGCUGAGUCGUAGUUGAGCACUCACAAGUCAUCACAAGUCAAUGACAAGUCAGUCACAAGUCGUCCGGUUUCCAAGUCAUGUCGCUAAAAGUUACUCAAAUAAACUGUGACAAAAGCAUCCCUUGGUCAUUUCAUCCACUUGCGAUCUCACUUACGAUUGUCUUGUGAUUGUCUUGAAACUACCCUGCAGUAGUUGGAUGUGAAAUAGACGAGCUUUUAUUGCAUCAAGCAAACAAUGUCACGUAUGAGAAAUUUUCAUUUCUAUAAAUUAUAAUGAACACAACAUCUCGCUUACAAAUUUUUACAUUUGAUCAAAGAGGUACUAAUAAAAGCUCAAGCACUUUUUAACCAGUAGUUAUCGUUUGUAGUACGACCCGAAACUAAGUGUAGCCUAUACUAUGUCAUGGUCCAGUAUUCAAAACACAUAUAUUCAUACUUUGUAUAAAAUAUAUACAGCUUAAAUUUCUGUUUAAAGAAAUCGUUCAUCCAGUGAAAUUGCAUUCAUCCUUGAAAUAAAAAAGUUAUUAAAUGAAUCACCUUUAAAUCGGUAUAGUAAAGUCUAGAAUUAAGCGAAAAAAAUAAGCUGAUUUUCUUAGCAAUAUCCUUUCCAGAUUUUGCGCGGAUAAAAUACUAUAGGUUGGCGCGGACAUCCAGGAACUUCUGAAACAGCUGAGUUGUCUUGGCCAUCCGUCACAAGUC